AUGCGGAUAAUCCCGUUUGCUCUCAGCGCUCUCGCCAGAGCGCAGGACUACUUUGAGACAACCACCAUCGCCAUGGCUACUGGCACCACUGGCUUUGAAACAACAGCCUCCACUGCUGGCUUCGAGACCGAGCUCCCUGCCGAGACUACUGCUCGACCAAACACCUUCCAGACUACUGAAGCUGGCACUGCCGAACCGUCCACUUUCGACCCACUCGCUGGUGGUCGAUCUCUUUCAAGUGGAAUUUCCGGUCGAACCGGUGGCGGCACCGUUGUAAACUCUCUCUACGACGUCCAAGCCUCCCUUGGCUACCUGGCUGAUGGAACUACACCUGCCUUCAUUUUCUCCUGGACUUAUGAUAGCACCCACACCAACUACGCCUUUACCUAUCAAGAGCUUGCCGGCAACUACGCCAACGUUACCGACUACCAACCUUUCUCUGGAAACAAAGUCUACCGAUGGCAGAUCACCCCGACUGUUGGUGCCGCUUACGGCUCACCUUCCGAAGUUCUCGCUCAAUCGUCGACAAGCACCCUCGUUCACCAGCCAGGUGCUCUCUACGAAGGCGGUGGAGGAUUCGCUGGACAGAUUCUUCUUCCAACUGAUUUCACCAACGCAAACUUCGUCAGGGUUGAUUCUGGCGCAGUUGGAGCUACCGCUGCCGCUGAUUCUCUCGGAUACGUCAUCGCUGUGAAAGUGCAAUUCCCCGCCGGCUGUCCAUCCAUUCGAGUCGACGCUGACGUUGACCCCAACUUCAUCUACACCGAUCCCAGCAUCGCUGACAACCACCGAAUCUUCGUCUUCCCCCAGACUCACUUCUCUAACCAGUUCUCUGGCCCAAUCCGAGCGUUCCACUACUACGUUUCUGGCGCCAACUACGCCGGCUGCUCCUUCACCGAUCCUGCCGUUGAUGUCACUGUUUCUGUCGACAACAGCUACAUCGUAGAAACUACCGAGGCUGCCGUCAUCGAACCACUUGCUGGAUGGCCAUCUGGAAGCAGCUACCCACCAGUCGAGUGGACCGAGAACAGAAUCGUCAACUUGACCGAUUACAUCCAACCGGCCAGUCACAUCGGACCCUCAAGAGCCAUUGCCGCUCCGAGAAUCGACCUCACAGUCAACUGCGCCGUCACUUUCAACGUUGAAGCUGGUGUCUCUCCCGGCUGGGGCUUCGUCAAUGAGUACGACGGUACUUUGGACAUCACUGACUUGUGGGCCAACACUCCAACUUCCAACACCGCCUCUGCCAUCUCUCUCCAAGCUCUCGAAUGGCUCACUCAGGUCGGAAUCGCCUACCGAGUUGAUAUCCAGUCCUGUCCCGUCGUCGAUGUCACCGGAACCAUCACCUUCCUGGAACUCAAUCCCGCCAGUAUGCUCGUGAAAGCUGUCAACCCAUGA